AUGGCGGUCUCUCCCAGCAGACCCUGGGCACCUGUGACCGCUCCCAGCCAGGCCGGGAGGCCACCCCCGAUCUCCAUAGCCGCUCCCAGCUCAGCCGGCCAGCCUUUAGGCAGCCCGUCUAGCUCCGCCGCCCGCCAGCCCCACACCUUGCAGAAUGAGGCAAUCACGGUCCUUGGUGGCCUCCCACCACCGCCCCCAACACCCAUACAGGGGCAUGCCCCGCCAGCCCCUGCAAAGGGCCGCCGCGCAGCGUGCGCCCCAUCCUCCAAAGAGAGUGGCGUUCAUCCCGCCACAUUCCCGGAUGCGGCUCCCAGCCCCCACCUCCACCCAAACCCCAAUCAGAAAGUGGGGCCCGUCCAGGAGACAUUAAAGUCCCCGACCACCACCACCCGAUUAGUAAUCCAGGGUGGGGCCAGGAGCUGGAAAAACCCCCGCCCGCUCCGCCGGCACGCUGGGGGCGUGGGCCUUUUACCAACCGCACCCCGUGCGCCCGCCAGGACACAUCAAGCGCGAUCACCCAGAGGCGGCCCGGCCCGGCGGGUUCCUCACCCCAUCCGGCCAAUCAGUCAGGGUUUGAUAGCGCCGUCGCCCGUCCCCCACCUCGUCCGGCGGAACGUGGUCCUCAACAGAGACCGGGGAGGGGGGCCUGCCCUCAACCGAGGGAGUCCAGCGAUGGCCCCGCCCCCCCAUCCAAAGAUCGGUCCUGACUGUCACUCCGCCACGAAGAGGGGGACCUCUGCCGCUCCAGGCUCCCCGUCUCCACCUCCAUAUCCAGACUCUCCGGAACCGCCAGGCCGCCCCCUCUCGGAACCGCGAGAGGAGGAGAGGGCUCAGGAAGACCCCGAGCUCCGCGCCUUCAGCUUCACUCUCCAGACAGCCCGCCCUGCUGGCUGCCCUCGGCCACCGCUUCAAGCCGCCUCCCUCGCAGGUGCCAGGCACCAAGGCCAGCCUGAGACCACUGCCGCCAGCAGCGAGCAGGAGAUGCUUCGAAUCCCAGCCACUCCCCCGGAAAGGGACGCCUCUGCCUCCCUCGGGCUCUUCCACGACCUCCUCACACCGCCCCCAUUCAAGAACAAAGAGCAGCGGCCUCACCGAGGAUACUGCCACAGGACUCGUCGAUGGCAUCCAAAGAGGCCUCCUCGCCCGCAGUUCCACUCCCGUCCAGCGGGGACCCCACAGCAGAGGAAGCUGAGCCAGGCACUGCACCACCUCCCACUGGGAGCUGACGAACCGAGCGACCAUGCGGGCAAGACUCAUGCCAUCUUGGCUGCUAUUAGGGAGCUAUAUCAGCUACUGCUAGCCGCCUGCCGCCCAAGUCUGCAGCCAACCACCUCCUCCUGCUCCUCAAGAACACGCCCUCAGAGCCAGCCGCAGCAUAUUUCCACUUGA